GGAGAGGAAAGAGGGAGGUGGAGUUGACAGUGUGACAGACUUACACAGGGACUCAUUGGGAUAGAGGAUAGUCGUUGGCCGGUUUGCUGUCAGUCGGUACCGAGUGUUAAACUGAACGCCGGAGAAUUUCAGCCUCGUUAAAACCCGCAGCUCACCGCCCGGACCCCCGCACACUCCCGCAGUUGGAAAGGGAACAGAAAGGACAGUGGCGCUGCUUCAGGUUCCUCUGUGAUCACAAGAAGAUGGGAUUGAACUGAGCGUAGCGCAGGCAGCGCAGCAGGCCAAAGCUCUGUGAAUACUUGGCGUGACCAUCCAGCAGCUUACCCUCAAAUCCCUGAAGCUACCUCAGGAGACCCACUGCUGCUGUAGGAUCAACCGAACCUCACCUAACUUCACCCUAUUCGGGGGGAGAUGGUGAACUGACCGGAGACCGGCAGGCAACAGAAGGCAGCUUCUCCCUCCCCGUCCACCAGCAGCUAUGGCGGGGCUGAAACGGCAUCACGAUGGGAAGAUCGCUGGGCUGUACGAUCUGGACAAGACACUGGGCCGUGGACACUUUGCUGUGGUGAAAUUGGCCCGACACGUAUUCACUGGGGAAAAGGUUGCGGUGAAGGUGAUCGAUAAGACUAAGCUGGACCCGGUGGCGCGGGGUCACCUUUUCCAGGAGGUGCGAUGCAUGAAGAUGGUGCAGCACCCCAACGUGGUGCGCCUCUAUGAGGUCAUCGACACGGCCACCAAGCUCUACCUUAUCCUGGAGCUGGGAGAUGGGGGAGACAUGUACGACUGCAUCAUGAAGCAUGACGGAGGCCUCACUGAAGAGGUGGCCAAGUGUUACUUCGCCCAAAUUGUCCACGCCAUCUCCUACUGCCACCGGCUGCACGUGGUGCACAGGGACCUGAAGCCGGAGAAUGUGGUGUUCUUCGAGAAGCAGGGCGUCGUGAAGCUCACUGACUUCGGCUUCAGCAACCGGUUUCAGCCUGGAAAAAAGCUCAACACCUCCUGCGGCUCUCUGGCCUACUCUGCUCCUGAAAUACUGCUGGGGGACGAGUAUGACGCUCCUGCUGUGGAUAUCUGGAGUCUGGGAGUGAUCCUCUUCAUGUUGGUCUGUGGUCAGCCCCCCUUCCAGGAGGCUAACGACAGCGAGACGCUCACUAUGAUCAUGGACUGCAAAUACACCGUGCCUCCACACAUCUCUCAUGCAUGCCGAGAUCUUAUAGGCCAUAUGCUGCAGAGGGACCCCAAGAAACGAGCGACCUUAGAGGAGAUUGGUGGCCACGAAUGGCUUCAAGGUGUCGACCCCUCGCCGGCCACCAAGAUGUCCACCCCUCUGGUGUCCCAUCGCAGCCUGUCGGAGGAGGAGCAUGGCUCCAUCAUCCAGCGCAUGGUGCUGGGGGGCAUCGCAGAUCGAGACACUAUAACUGAGGCUCUGGAGUCGAAUCAGUACAACCACAUCACGGCUACAUACUUCCUGCUGGCUGAGAGGAUGCUGAGGGACAGGCAAGAGAAGGAGCAGCACAGCCAGACACGAUCACCCAGCCCUAGCAAGGCCCAGUUCAGGCAGUCCUGGCCAACCAGAGUGGAUGUUCACCAGGAUGUCAGUGAUGGCUUGGGGGGUCCGGCUAUCUCCCACCCAGGGGGCCCACAGUCCCCUGCCCGCAGUGCUGAGAGUCUCCACAAAGGCCCCAGACCCAAAACGGCUCUGCUGGACCUCAGCCAGCGGCAGGAGAACCACAACCAACCAUCCAGCCAGCAGCAGCCUGCACGACAGAACCAGGAGAGGGGGCUCAGGCCUCUCGGAAAGCCCCACUCCAACCCCCUUAGGCUGGGCUCUCUGCCCUCAGUGGGUCCUUGCAAACCUCGUAGUCCCAGUCUUUUCAGCGUGGAGGAGGAUGAAGAAGAAGAGGGGGAGGAAGACAAAUGCCUAUCCCCUUCUGCACUACCUGCUCAGGUGGUGCUUCGCUGCAAAGCCUCGUCUUCAUCAUCAUCUAUGUCUUCUUCCGGUAAUCGGCUGACAUCCCGUAUGAGUGCUCCAGUCCUUAAUCAGAUCCAUGAGGAGGAUAAAGAGGAUGAGGACGAGGAGGAAAGGAGGGAGCUGCAUACACUUGGCCCGCCCAAACCCAGCCUCAGCCUCAAUCUGAACUCUAGAAUACCAUCACCGUCAACGCUCAUGUCAUCGCCCACAACUGUGUGUGUAACAGCACCGGUUGCCGCUUUCACCCCCAGCUCAGAGACUAGUGAUGAUGAGACAGAAAGUCACCAUAAACCAGAUACAGCAACUGUAGGUGGACAUGGGGAUGAGAGAGAUGGGAGGAAAGAGGAUAGAGAUAAAAGGGGGUCAGGGCAGGGCAGUCCCUCCAACUGUGCCAGUCCUGGAUCAGGUUCAGGCCAUGGAAAGGGCACAGCCAAAGCUGCCAGCGGCCUGGUGGAAAGCCUAAAGCUGAUGAGCCUGUGCCUGAGCUCUCAGUUCCACAACCUGACAGGGGGAGGAGGGGGAGGUGGCGGUGGUGGUGGUGGCGGUGGGGGUGGUGGCGGCAGCGGCGGUGUUGUUGGAGGGGACACCCAGGACCGUCCCAUGUGGAGGAUGUGCAUGGGCGGCUCCACCGGUAGCCUGGAUAAGGUAUCGCUCCUGGGUGGCCCAUCACCCAGGGGGAAUCUGUACCACCACCAACCCCCGCUGGGAGACGCGCUGGCGGACCCGCUGCUGGAGGGCACCUGCAUGGGCACACUGAGGCUGGGAGAGCUGGACCUGGCCAGGCAGAACCACAGGAACAUGAAGAACCGUGUGCUGCAGAUGCCUCUGAGCGACAAGACUCUGUCCGUCAACAUCCACCGAAGCCCCAAAGAGGGUCUGCUCUGUACCCCUACACCACACAGCUGCUGCCAGGUCAUCUAGAGCACAGACAGCCACUCCAUCAGCUGCUGCACCUCCACACUCCUCCGCGCUCAUCUGUACAUCCCUUAUUGUCUUGCUUUUGUUCAAUCAUGCCACCACUGGCUUGUGAAUUUAUUUUAGCAUUUUAUGCUGUUUCCUAUUAUUUAACACUUACGGUGGACAACUGGGAAAAAGUCCAAAUGCCAACCUUGCACAUUUAGAGACGCAAAAGGUCUCCAUGGAGGAGACUGGGUGCCAUGCCAAGAAUGUGAAGCACUUUCAGCAGAUUAAACACUAUGGGGACAUUUUAACCCACUGGUGUGAUUUUACAUAAGAGACACUAAGUAUGGAAAUGGAUACAGGAGGUGCUCACAUCCCUGCUCUUAUGCACUUAUAUACUGUAUGUACACAUUUUGUGCACAUCCACACACACACACACACACACACACACACACACACACACACACACACACACACACACACACACACACACACACACACACACACACACACACCUCUAUAUCACUCGGAUAAGCUGAUAAAAGGGAAAAGCUGAUGAGUUUUAGUAUCAUGUUACAUAUUGUCUUUUGUUGUACUUGAUGCUGUUUUUUUUAAAAUAUCAUAUUUUAAAUUAUUUUUUGAGACAAUCAUUUUAUCAGUUUUUUAUUCUGACUGAAAGAGUUAAGUUAUGACUGUGUUUUCAUUCAAGUGAGGACAAAUAAUGGGGGAAAUGGACAGCAGCACUUAUAUAUGAUGGUGUCACACAGUAUUUUGUAAUCUAUCACUGUUUUAUUUUUCUAUCUCGAACAUGCUCUGCAGACUCAGAAAGAAAAUGCACACUUACUUGUCAAGCCUCUGCGCAGUUCCACGACAGAGUUUGUACAUAUGUGAAUAACCUAGCAGUACUUUGUACCUGUAGUAUUGACGGUAAAGUUGUAUUGCAGUAGAAACAUGAAUACUAGAUCCUUAUACACCAUUAUUCUUCACUCCUAUUGGAUAUUCAAGGUUUUGGUUGAACCCAGAGUUAGAAAUGUGUCUGAUGGCCGAAAAAGAACAUUGAAAUAGAAGUUAUAUCUCCUCUGAAACCAAACAGAGUAAAUGAUCAUACAUGUAAUGGCAGCUCUAAAUUCAAUGACUACUGGGUGGAACCUAAACCCUGUAUAUCCCGUAGCUUGCCAGGAUCACGGUAGCCACUGUUGUAGCGUAUUCCAAGACAAAAACAACAAAGGGGUUUCAGUAGAACAUAACACCGCCCCUUCAAGUAUGAGUCUGUGUAACUGGAUUUGUGACCCACCCCUAGUGGAAUAUAUAACUUGACAGUGCAUGUGUUUUGCUGUAGCAACCUUAUUCUUACCCACUGAGGUCAAUCCACCUGCUGUAUCUACCCAAGUAAUGGAUUCAAACGGUCACUUUACUGUAGCCUCACACAACCAAUACCAGCGACUGCAAAAUGUACAACGAAAAUGGAUGUGCCAUAAAAUCUGUCUUGAGCAUAUUGUACUGUAUGUAUAUGAUAGAGAUCUAUGAAAAUAAAACAAUGAGAAUGA